CUGUAGUUUUUUUCCCCUCCCAGGCAGCAGCGGGACAACGCGGCUACGUGGAGCAGCUGAUCCGAUCCAGGAGGUUUCGUAAAGUGGAAGUUAUGGUUUGGUAACGAUGGUCCUGUGAUGGUCCUCGGAGCCGCUGUCUUUAAAGGAUCUUUAAAUCACCGCGUCCGCUGAGCUGGAGACGACCAGGCGUGACUUUUUCUACCAUGAUCCACAACAAGGAGGCUGAAUCUGAAGCUUGGUUUUACGGCUUUACCAGAACAGUCUCUGCGGGGCUGGCUCACCUCAUCUCCGUAGCCUUUCCUGCUUUAAUCGCGUUUUUCUCUCGACCCGGAACAAGUUGGUUUUCAUGGCAUCCUUUCCUGAUGACAGUAGCUUUCGGCUUCUUAAUGACGGAAGCCAUCCUCCUCUUCUCGCCCCACGGCUCCCUCAUCAAGAGGUUUUCACACAAGACCAAAGCCCGUGUUCACUGGAUCCUGCAGAGCCUCUGUGGCACCUGCGCACUUCUAGGCCUGGCUGCCAUCUCCUACAACAAACACCUGAACGGUAAAGCCCACUUCACCUCGUGGCAUGGUCUGCUGGGCCUGAUCACUGUGUGUGUGGUGUGUGUGCAGUCUUUAGCCGCCGUGCCCCUCAUCUACCACUCUCUGGCCAAAGGCUGGUCGCUCGCCAAGCUCAAGCGCUACCACGCUGCGUCCGGCCUCGUCACCUUCCUGCUGGGCAGCACCAGCCUGCUCCUCGGGCUCUGCUCCUCCUGGUUCACGGCGUCCGUCGGGGGGUAUGCCUGGUUCCUGGCGGCAGCCUGCCCCGCUCUCAGCGCUGUCGUCAUAAUGAAUCAAGUCUCCAGUGCUUACAUAGCUAAAAAACGGCUGCAGUCCUGACGGAGCGGCAUGGCAUGGACAGUAAUCAGCUCACUGUACCCCUAAAGACUGAAAUAUUACGCCUCAGGUCAGACAUUGCUACCUUUUUUGAUUUGUUUUAUGUACAUUUUUAAUAAAGAUCUUUUAAUGAAUUAAAAGUCAUUAAAAAUAUGAAAAA